AUGAACCUCGCUGUCGCUCGUCGUUCUUCAAAAAUCGAAAAUUGCCCGCUGUGUGAACUUCAAUUAGGGUUUCGCCAGGGUGGAGCCCUGAAUUGUCGCCGAAUUGGGACAUGGCGUCUGCAUAAGCGCUUAGAGCGUUUACGAGUCCCAGAUCGGGAUAAAUAUAGAGCAAGCCUGCAAACAAGCCUGUUAUUCUUUCGUUUCCAGAAGCUGUUUACAAAAAUCGACUCGACGGUCAUAACAACCAAACAAUGCCUACGCCGUUGGAUAGAGCUUUACAGUCAAAGGUAUAGUCUCUCUUUCAGAACUAUUAAUGCAAGGGUACUAACGGAUGAAAGAACCUACUCGUUGGUAACUAUUUAUCCAGGGUUUGUCGGACUUGUAACCGCCGCCGCAGUAUGGAGCAUAUGGGGAAGUGAAAUGUUCCCUGCCGAAGCCGACCCAACCGGAGAUCCAGAGUAUUGGACGUUUGAUGAGCUCAGGAGGUGGCUUCGCGUGCGUGGCCGACUCCCAAACGAGCAAGCAUCUAGGGAGGAGUUAUUAGAGAGAGUAAAAGCGAACAUGAGGCCAUAG